AGAUUAAUAGACGGGAAGUAUGUCGCAGAACAGCGACACUUUUGAUUCUGGACUCCAGAUGGAAGUUCACAAGAUGGCGGAAGCCGAUAAUUCGUCCGUUCAACAAAAAUUCGAUGCGAUUCGCGAUUAUAUUGGACGAAAAGAGACAACGAUUAUCCUCUGUGAGCACGACGAUUCUCGCAAGAUUAAGCUGACGCUGAACAAGCAGAGAAUGGAAUCGUCUAUGUUUCUGACAGAAAUGCCCGAUGGUGGGAUUCAAGAAAAGACAAAGUUCCAUCGCAAUGGACUCGCAGUUUGCAGCUACAAUGCAUUUGAUGAAGUUGAUUUGCCACUCGCGGACUCGUAUAUUUUCUACGGACUCCCGUCCAACGUGGAAGCUUUCCCGAGGAUGCUCCAUGGAAUUGAAAAGUCGGCACACAAGGAAAACAAAAUAGUUUUCAUCGAUAUUGUCGUGUCGAUUUUAGAGAAAAUUCAAAUUAAGGUCGUCAGCUUUGAACUUUACAAUCGAAAGUGUACUGUGCCAACGUGGGUUGCUGAACUCGUCAUAACUUAUUGUGCGCCAAUUGAGGAACAGCAACAGCGUAUUGAGGAAAUCCGCCGAACUCGUGCUUCAGUUCCAGUUGCCAUAUCGGACGCAGCCAACGGAUCUGCCGAGAUGGUCCCUUCCAACACCACUGGAUCUUCAGGAUCGCCCAUGUCGACCGCUCCAGUACCAGCCGCAAAGAAAGAGAAGGUCCAGUACGAAAGUAUUCGUCAAAUUCGCCCGAACGCCCAAGGAAGAUACUUCGUUCCGGCAAGAAUGAUCAAUAUGGAUAUCGAAAUGAGCAACGAUGAGUACUCGCCGGAUGAGAGCGAGAACGACGAGAAUGAAUAUGACUACGAAAAUGCUGCGCGUUACGAUGAUGGUUACGACGAAGGCCACGAAUACUGCCAAUAAUUUCCCAAACCCAAAGCACAUUUUAUCCCCAUUUUUACGGUUCCCCGCACUGGUUCUUAUGUAUUUCCUAUUUAUCUCAACUAGUUCCAAAUAGUUUUAACUGCAUUCCGGUAUCAUAUAAUUUACAUGAUUUUAUGCAAAACUCGACGGUUUCCUCUUUUUUCGUGUAUCUCGAAUUCUAAUUUAUAAUAUUAAUAUCAUGAAAUGUUUUAUCUGG